CCCGGAAGGAGGAGGAGCGUCGCCAGUCUGGAGUGGGUACCUGGGGCGGAGGCAAAGGCCGAGGAGCUUUGAAAGACUCUUGUUGGUUUUCUGGGUGCGGAGCUCUUCUGGGGCCUGGGGGUUUGUGUCGUCCCUCGCACGUCAUCGUGAAGCUCUAAGGGUCCGGUUUCCUAGCUACGGUGCCCCUCUCUCCCGGAGGCAGAGCAGCGGACUGGCGGGCGUGCUGCGCUGGGUGCCUGCGUUCCGCCCAAGAGCCAGAAGCUUAAGUGAAAAUGGUACAUGUUAGAAGACACGAAACAAGGAAAAAUUCUACAACUCAAGAGCAUGAGCAGAAAUCUCGAGUUGAUUGGAGGCGGACUAAAAGAAGUAGUAUCUCACAGUUAUUUGAUAGUGACGAAGAGCUUGACAGUGACGAAGAGUUUGAUAGCGACGAAGAGCUUGACAGUGAUGAAGAGCUUGACAGUGAUGAAGAGCUUGAUGAUAACAAGGGGUUUGAUAGUAAUAAAAAGCCGGAAAAUGAAAGAGAACUUAGAUUAAUUAAAGUUGAAAGUGAAAGUAGUAACUGUGAGCAUCUCAUGAACACUGGCAACAGUUCAGCAUAUGAAGAAGAAAAGAACAAAAACAAAUAUAGAAGUGUUGACUUACCAGAUCAUGGAAAACAUUCAAGUCAAGAGGAGGAUGAUCUCAACAAACACACUGGACAAAUAAUAGAAGAGGACUUAGAAGAAGAACACAUCAAGCGAGGGAAGAGAAAAAGGAUCUCCUCUGUUAUGUAUGACAGUGAUGAGAGUGAUGAUAGUGAUAUCCUAGUUAGAAAAGUAGGUGUUAAACGUCCACGUAGAGUGGUUGAAGAUGAAUGUUCUUCAGUUGAGAUGGAGCAAAAAGAACCUGAAAAAACUCUAGCUGCAAGAAAGCGAGAACAACUCCAGAAACUGAAAGAACUCUCAAAACAAAGAUCUCGUCAGAGACGAAAUAGUAGUAGAGAUUUUGAGGACUCUGAAAAGGAAUCCUGCCCAAGCAGUGAUGAAAAUGAUGAUGAUGAUGAGGAGGAGGAGGAGGAGGAGGAGGAGGAGGAUUAUGAAUAUGAUGAAGAUGGAGAUGAUUAUAUUAUUGAUGACUUUGUAGUUCAAGAUGAGGAAGGUGAUGAAGAGAAUAAAAGCCAGCGAGGAGAAAAAUUGACUACAUCACAACUGAAAUUAGUAAAACAGAAUUCUCUUUAUUCUUUUAAUGACCACUAUACUCACUUUGAAAGAGUUGUGAAGGCUCUUCUGAUCAAUGCUUUAGAUGGAUCUUUUCUGGGAACAUUGUAUGAUGGCACCAGACAAAAAUCAUAUGCACAAGAUAUGUUGACAUCUCUCCAUUAUUUGGAUAACCGCUUUGUUCAGCCUCGUCUAGAGAGUUUAGCUUCUAGAAGUCGUUGGAAAGAGCAAUAUAAGGAGCGGGUGGAAAAUUAUUCUAAUGUAAGUAUCCAUUUGAAGAAUCCUGAAAACUGUUCCUGCCAGGCCUGUGGAUUGCAUCGCCACUGCAGAUACUCAGUGCAUUUAUCAGGAAAGUUGUACAACACCAGGACUAUGGAAACAGAUGAUUUCAUGUCACAUGAUAAACAGGUGUUUACUGUUGGCAGAAUUUGUGCUGAUCGUACCCGAAUUUAUCAUAAACUAAAACAUUUUAAGUUCAAGCUGUACCAGGAAUGUUGCUCCAUUGCAAAGACAGAAGAAGUUGAAGAUGAACAGGUUAAAGAAACAGUGGAAAGAAUUUUCAGUCAGUCAAAAGAAAGUGGCUGGAUUAAGGAGAACAGUUCUUGUGACCCGAGAGUGAAGAAGCACCUGGUACCAAUCUGAGGAAAGGAUCUCGGCUGCCAGUUCUAAUACCCCCCACAUCCUCUUCUUGAGGACAUGGGCUGAGCAGUGAGCACUGUAACUGAAGAUCAAGGGGAAUGCAGAGGUUUCAGGCCACGGCACUGAUUUUGAUCCCCCCAAAUCCUGUUGAUCACUAAGUUUGAUAUCAGGGAUAAAGUGGGGGUUUUGAAGAGUGCACUGGAUUCCCGAAGAUCUGCUGGCAGCUCAUAAGCUCUGGUCUGCUCACAGAGCUUUUAGAAUUGUUUAUGGUACUUGGAAAGAAUGCUAAUAUGAUUGCAAUCUUCUAAAACAAGUCUAGUUACGUGAAUGUAUGAGAGAAAACAUAGUAGAUUUUCAGGCAACUCAGAUCAACAGUAUAUUUAAUCUUUAAAAAAAAAAAAAGCCUGACUUGAGAUCUGUUGCCUAGGUUAUUUAUACCAUAAGGGAAUUUGUAAAAGAGGAAGAUAAAAAAGAAGAGAGCUCAGUGAAUAAACUUACAAGCAGAGGGAAAGAAAAAGAGAACAAACAACAGGAACUUGUCAGGACACGUCAUGUCCCGCAGAGGUCUCCCAGUCUGGACAGUGACAUCAGAACUGGUUUCCCUUCUGACAGUUCUCCUCCCACCACAAGCCCCCACCUGGUGAUCUCUCUGCUUCCCCCGCCGCCCCCCCAUCUGGAACCUUCCGUAGUCUUUCUCUCAUUUUACUCUCCUCAGCUUUUUAUCUUUUACUUUGCUUCGACUUCUCUCCCAGUGCUUUCCUCCCUGUCCUCCUCUGUGCUUUUCUAUUAGCCUUAGGGAGGAGCCAUGACUUAUCCAGUAAGUCCCAUCUUCAUUUUCCAUGAUGACAUGAAAUUCUUAGCUGCUUUUAUGGGUGCAUUUAAGGGUUGCCAACCCUCCAGUGGAGUUGAAAAGCCUAUUGGGACACCAUUUUUUAAAAAAUUGUGUAGAAAAAUCACUGCGCAUGUACUAUACAUAUUAUGUAAUAAUAGUAUAAAUGGGGAAGAACGUUAAAAAAAAUUUUUUUUUAAAGAUUUUAUUUAUUUGACACAGAGAGAGAGAGCGAGAGAGGGGACACAAGCAGGGGGAGUGGGAGAGGGAGAAGCAGGCUUCCCACUGAGCAGAGAGCCUGAUGUGGGGCUCGAUUCCAGGACCCUGGGAUCAUGACCUGAGCCGAAGGCAGACGCUCAAUGACUAAGCCACCCAGGCGCCCCAAGAACGUUAAACUCCUUGCAGAGAAAAACUAAAAGCACUUCCAGAUCAUGAACCUUAGAAAAAGCUUAACAGGAUUUCUAAAAGAAGGGACCUGGAAUAAGAAAAAAUACUCUUAGGAAGAAAAAAGCCAAGUGUUCUAUUAUGCUUCAAGAACAACACUUAGUAGUGGACAGUUAAAGUAGUUCAAGAUCAUGCCAGUCUAGGACAGCAUGCACCUUUUUUUCCACUUGCAAUACCAAAGAGCUUCAUUUUCUUUUUGGGAUCCCUCCUGUUUUAAAAAUAUUUAUCUAUAAAUUUUCUCAAAAGAUGUCCUAGAAACUAAAGUUCAGAGCCACUGUAAACCCAUAUGCAGCUUUCUGUGCUGUGAUUAAACUUCAGAAUUUAUCAAGUGCUCUGACAUUUCUCAGCGUCACUCCACCUACCCCUCAGAGAAUGUGAGUGUCCUUGUGUGACAGCCUUGCAUGUGCUUGUGACGCACACCUUCUUCCUUGGUUGCAGGCUCAUGGCCAUAGCUACCCUAACCCUUCUGAAUGCCAGGGCUCAAUGCUGCUUGAGUUGCCCUAUCUGUGGCCCUUUUUGCUCUUACUUCCUAAUUAUUAUGUCAACCCCUUCUUUUACCUCACACAAACUAUCUGGUCCUGGCUUUCCUCCCAGCUUGUAUUACACACCUUGCUUUUUCCCUUACCUGCCCCUUCCUCCUCCAAGCGUUUUUCUUCCCUUGUCUCAGGAUAUCUCAGCGUAUCUUCCCAAAGACCUGCCAACUAGACUGACUUCAUUCUUCUUGUUCCUCCUCCUAACAAUUGAGCUAGGAUGAUCUGUUUUUAACCUAGGAUGACAUUAAAGGGUAGGAGCUACUUGAGUGUAAGAAAGGAAUGAAUGAUAAGAAAAUUAUAAUAAAACCAAAACCUAUAAUAAAUAUAAUAAAAGUAAUUGUCUCAUUCUAAAUUUGACUGGAAGAACAUACUAUCAUAUGCCACUGGCUAAAUUCUAAUGAAUGUUUCUUGUUAAGAAGAAAGUGAAUGUGAUGAUGGGAUUUCCAGAGAAGCUGAAGAUAGGGUUGUUGGGAUGGGGUGGUGAAUACAUGAACAUCAGGAAGUGAAGAAAGUACGUCAAAAGUAUCAAGUCUCAGUUUUACAGUUGUAUGUAAAUUUUAAAUGUAUUACAUAAAGAUUGUUACAUAAGAAAGAAUUUUAAAUAAUGAUUUGAUAUCCCACCCCUUCCUGAAACUUUUUAUGUGGUGUCUUUUUCUUUCUCCCCUUUAAAACUUUUUUUUCCUUUUAAUUUUUCUUUCGCUCCUUAAACUGAUGUUUCUCAAAUCAUGGCCCUAACUACCUAUGUCAGACUCACCUAGAAGUUUGUGGAAAAUGUGUAGUUCCUGGCCUCACUGCAGACCUAUUGAAUGAGAAUCCUUGGGGGUGUUAAACACCCAAUAUUUAACAAAUCAGGUGAUUCUUAAGCAAAUUAAACAUUGAGGGCCCUGCUUAAAGGUGCAUGUCACUCUAGGUUCCGUUCUCAGCCUCCUUAUAGCUGUCUGCCUCGGUAAACCCAUUCCUUUCUUCACAUCUAACUGCUCUUUUUCUGAGCAGAAGACUCCAAACUCCUCCUUUUAUGUUCUGACCUCUUUCUCACACUCCCUUUCCACAGUUCCACCUGUUUUAAUCAGUAGAUCCAUCCUGGCACUUGAAGGGGUUAACAUAAUAAGAUCCAAACUCUCCAGAUUUUUAGGAAAAAAGAAUGAUGGAACCAGAAUCUUUAAAUGGAUUGAAUGACCAGGAAUUACAAACUGCCUUCUCUCUGAGUUUCACUUUUCCUUUGGAGGGCUUUUUUUUUUUUUCUUCUUACUAAAGCUGCACCCUGCCUGGUCCCUCCCAACUUUAAGUCUUAGAAAUAGCAUACUAUGAUGGUUAAAAGCACAGAUUUAAAUAUUUUCUAGCAGUAGAAUCUGGAGGCAAGUUACUUUAUUUCUCUAAGUUGUCUCUUCAGUAAAAUAGGAAUUAAAACAAUAAUAAUAGAGUUUUGAUUGUGGAAAUUAAAUGAUCAACACAUUUUAAGCAUUUAGUAUUGGACCUAGCAAUUAGUAAGUGAUCAAUUAAUGUUAACUAUUAUUAGUAAUAAAAGCAAGGAGAGAUUUCCCUUACUUUUCUUAGUAUAGCUGGGACAGAUUAUAAUUUUCCAGAAAAAAUUUAAUAAGAGAAAAAAGAAUAUAAAGAAAGAUAAUAUAAAAAGCAUAAAAACUAUCAAACUUUUAAGGUAUAGGUUUUUAAUUCUAGAGUACUUUACUUCUGUCUGGUAGAACCUAAGUAGUCGGUCAAAAGAAUCCCUAGGUAGUUCAAAGGUUAUUUCCCUUCCUGUUCUUUUCUUCAUUCUUUCCAGAGAAGGUGAUCCAGUCACAGAUCUUUGAGGGGACAAAAGUUUCAUGGCCCUGUCUAGAAGGGAAACACAUUCCUCCUAUGCUUUUCCAUAGGUUCCUAUCACCACCAAAGUCAGGGUCAUCAGGAUCCUCUCCUCCUUUACUAGGAGUGGAACCAGAGUUCAUAAGUAAAGAAAUCAUUAGGUCAGUUAAUCUCCUCAACUGAAGUCAGCAGUUGAGUUUCCAAAUCACAGUUUCCAAAUCAUCUGUGAAAUUUCCAAAUCAUCCUGAGUCCUCUCUUAUCUUGUCCUACCCUGGUCUUGACUCUUCAUCUUCAUUGGCUGUCACUCGAAUUUGGGAUCUCAUUACCUAACUUAUUACAAUAGAUUCAUAACUAAAUGCCAAAAUAUUCUAGAAUGGAUGUUUUACCAUUUUUCUUAAAAUACACCCCAGAUCAUGUCAGUCUCUGCCUUAACACUUUAACAAUUUCACAUUGCCUGUCACAUUAUUGCUAAACUCCUUCAUCUAGCAUUUCAUACUUUGACCACAGCCUCUUUGGUUCAGUCUCCUUUCUCUCUAUUCCCCUAAACAAACCUCAAAUUGUAGUCAAACCUCAUACUUUCUUGCCUUUUCACUGUUGUAUGGACUGUGCCCGCCCCCCCCCCGCCAAAUCUUUGCCAACCAAAUCCUUUCUCCCAUGACAGUUUAAGUGCUUCUCUUCUUUUCUGAUCACCUCAACUAACCAUGGCUACUCUCCUGAACCUUCAUACAGUGUCUAUAUAGUUCUUUAUGGCACUUGUUAUUGCUGUAUUACCACUGAACUCUGGUCUUCUAGGGACAGGGAAAGCAAUUUUUUUUGUACCUAGACAGUCAUUAGAAAGUAUUCAAUAUAUGUUAUGUGUUCAACAAAUUUUUGUUGAAUAAGUUAUUGAAGCUGUUAUACUUCCACAAAUAUGAUAAUAGAAAAAUUAUAAUUUAUAAGAACAUUAUGAGAUUAAUAAUAAUGUUCAGUUUGAUCUCUUUCCAAUACUUCAUGGGUUAGAAAUGCUUAUUUGAAAUUGUAUCCCUGUUUAUAAGAAUUUUGUUCAUGAUUAUCCUGAAAUGAGAAGUGAACAUGUUCCUGUUUGUGUCUCUAGAUUGAAAAGGCCUACCUUAUCUUCUUUGCUUUGAGUAAAAUAACUAGCUUUUUUAUUGUAUACACAGAAAUAUGGUCAACUUCAAGAAUAUCUAAAUUGGGCGGAUUACUUUCAAGAUGAGAAGUUUGACUGAAUUGUAACACAUUUCCUUCAGAGAAGAUUUUAUAAAUUCCUGUAAAUGUGAAGAUCAUGAAUCUUGUUUCUCUGUAUCAUGUGACAUAUUUAGAUAUUUUGUGUGUAUUUUCAUGGCAAAUAUCUUGUUUAAAACAUAUGUUCAUCUUAAUUUCCAUAAAAUGGCACUCUACAGUCAAAUAAAAGUUUUAUCUGCUGUACAUAGAAAACAGAAGUCUAAUAAUUUUUAAGUAAGAGUAUUUUAAAGUUAUAAAACAAUGCCUUUAUAACAGAUGAUUAUCAAGCAAAUGAGCUGUUCGUGUCCUGUCAGCUUAAUAGACAAAUACUGUAUUUUAAAAAUGAAUUCAGACUAACAUCUAUGUGUAUUUAUUAUUGAAUCCCUGCCCAGAUGUGUUUAUUAUCUUUUCACAGUAUUAAAUGAUCUGCACUGAUAUAUUCUUUGCUACUCUCCUUAUUUAGAUCAGUGGACCGUGGAAGAAACCGAAUGUCUCAUUCAGUUCAAUCCCCUCAUGUCAGAAUCAGAUUGUAGUUUACCCAUUCCAAAGAGGAGAGCUUUUCUCCUUUCCGAAAGUUCCCUUUAGAAAUAGAUCUCAGGCCUCCAGAGUCUUUCAACCGUCACAUUCAGGAAUAAUUUUGUGAUAUGUAUUUUCAUGCUUCACAAUGUUCUUUCUAUCUUUUAUUCAAUUUGUCUACAUGUUAAUGAUUAAGAUGUAUUUUAUUUAUUUUUAUCCAAAACCUUUCCCAUAUAUAUAUUUAUGUUAGGAUCUGAAGACCUCAGAGAGACAAAUUCAGCCAAAAAUAGUUUAAAAGAAUACUUUGGCAUCUGCAUUGCUUUGCACAUCUAAAUUUUCCCAUAAUAUAAUAAAGUGAAAUGGUUUCAUAGUGACCAAAUGGACCCUGUCUAUUCUGUAUCUUUAAUUCUUAAAGGUAGUGUCAUAGUAGGAUCUAUUUUACGGUGCAAUUUUAGAUAAUUGUUUCUCACCUCAAGUGUUGAUUGAACCUGGCUUCAGUUAUUAUGCGGUUCAUGCAUGGAGUUCAGUGUAUGUGCACACAUAAAAAGCUACACUUUAUUAAGUCCUUACAUAGAGAUUACUUAGUAUUUUCAUCAGUUUUCUGAAAUUAUCCCUAUUCUUAUUGUAAGCAAAACGAGUGGAAAAAGCUCACAAAAGUGCUGAGAAUACUGAGGCUGAUGUUUCACGUGAGAAGUACAUACCUUUUUGAAAAGUGUGAAAUAGAAAUUUCAGUCACAUAUCUCUAUUCUUAUUUCUCUGGCAUAUGGAAAUAAUCCUUAACUGAAAUGAAGCCAUAGUUGAAAGUUGAAGAUGAAGUGACAGUGCCCAAAAAGAAGCAAGGCAGAAUUGGAGGGAAAGUAAUAGUCAAGUUGGAAGGAUGAAGGAUCAUGAAUGACUUGUAAAAAGGAAGACCAUGGAAAAGGAAAGCGAAUGAUUUGUAAAGGAUCUCUAAUGCCCCUGGAAGCAUCACUUCUCAUACGUGCGUGACACCACAGACAAGCUUGAGAAUGCUGAAGAGCGAGAGUUCCUUCCACCUGGAGUUUUUAAAAUUAAUUUAUGUAUUGUUUGAAAUACCAUGCAUUUGAUUUGUAAAAAUUAAGGCACUAAUGAUUAGAGGGACUUAAUGAUGGCAGCUGACCCAGUUCCUAGGUCAGGCACCUUGUUGGCGUGAAGCAUUUUUCCUGUUGGAACAGCAUUCUGACUGUUGAUCAGGAAACGUAAAAGUAGUUUUGCUGAUGUCUGAGGUUACUGCAACCACGCAAACUUCUUCAGUGGGUGUUUGAAGAAUACAAGAGGCUUUUAGGCAUACGGUAACACCAAAAGAAUGGCAGAGAGACGGGCUGUUAGGAAAUGAGAAUGAGCAUAGAUUAGGGGGGCCAAAAGCAAGUAGUCCAUAAGAAAAUGGCAAUGUUGAAAAAACUGAAUUAACCUUUACAGGUAUUAUGACAUACUGUCUUAUUUUGUCAUCAUCAUAAUCAUCAGUAUCAUUGAUUCAAUAUAACAAUAAAAAAUACUUUGUAAACUUAAAA